GCAGCGGCCUCGCGGCGCCUUGGAGGCCCGGGCCCCACCGGCCCCGCCGCGAGCCCCAUCCCGGGCUGCACCCUUGCCGCGGGCGGUGCGCCUGUCCUUCUUUGGCCACGCGGCAGCGGCGGAGCCGGCGCGUCCUCCCGGGCCGCCCCCACGGGCGUCAGAGGGAGGCGGGCGCCCCGCGCGGUGACGGCGACGCCCGCGGCCCCCGGAGCGCUCCGCUUGCUGCCGCCGGAGAGGCCGGUGACCUCUCUGCCGCCCCGCCUCGGAGGCUCGGAUGGCUCAGGCGAAGAUCAACGCCAAAGCCAACGAGGGGCGCUUUUGCCGCUCCUCCUCCAUGGCCGACCGCUCCAGCCGCCUGCUGGAGAGCCUGGACCAGCUGGAGCUCAGGGUUGAAGCUUUAAGAGAAGCAGCAACUGCUGUUGAGCAAGAGAAAGAAAUCCUCUUGGAAAUGAUCCACAGUAUCCAAAAUAGCCAGGACAUGAGGCAGAUCAGUGACGGAGAAAGAGAAGAAUUAAAUCUGACUGCAAACCGUUUGAUGGGACGAACCCUCACCGUUGAAGUUUCAGUAGAAACAAUUAGAAACCCCCAACAGCAAGAAUCCCUAAAGCAUGCCACGAGGAUCAUAGAUGAGGUGGUCAAUAAGUUUCUCGAUGAUUUGGGAAAUGCCAAGAGUCAUUUAAUGUCACUCUACAGUGCAUGUUUGUCUGAGGUGCCACCUGGGCCUGUUGAUCAGAAGUUUCAGUCUAUAGUAAUUGGCUGUGCUCUUGAAGAUCAGAAGAAAAUUAAGAGAAGAUUAGAGACUCUGCUUAGAAAUAUUGAAAAUUCUGACAAGGCCAUCAAGCUUUUGGAGCAUUCUAAAGGAGCUGGUUCUAAAACUCUGCAACAAAAUGCUGAAAGCAAAUUUAAGUAGUCUUGAAACCUAAGGGCUUCUAUUGAAUUGAUGAUUUAAAAAUGAUAAAGAUACUAUUUUAAUCAUAACUAGUUCUUUGUUAGGUAUAACCACUUAUUUGAUACAGUUGUUUCAGAUGAGGAAAAUACUCCAGUGUUACCAUUUUGCAAAUAACAAUUAAAAUUUAAAGUAUUUUAAUUAUCUAGAAGUUUUUAGAUUGAAUUCUUGUCUUGUACUAGGACUUAGCACUAUGUAUUUUACUAUUUUGUGGAUGAAUACACACUAUGUCAAGAAAAAUGUGUUCAGCCAAGGGUGAAAGCAUUCCUGGACUUUGUCGGGCAUGGAAACACACGGGCACAUGAGCAUUUAGUUAGCUAGAAAUUCUUUAUCCUAACCAGCACACAUGUAUGUGUACACACACACACACACAGUACCAUGCAAAUACUAAUUACUAUACCUAGCGGGAUGAAAGAAAUCACAAAAUAAGGACUUUUGCCUGCAUCUAUAACAGAUUACUUUCAAGAUUUAUGAAUCUCAUGAUAUGAAUGUAUUUUGUAUAUACAUGGCAACAUAUGGGGAAAAAAUCACAUUGUACCUCAGUUGAACAAUUAUGUAUCUACUUGAUCUCUCAAAUGCAUUAUUUCUCUAAAAUUUCACCUUACCUUUUUUUCUUUAAACACUAUGAAGUCUGCUUAACUGCAGCUUAAAAAGCUC